AUAUUCCAACAGCACAGAAGGGCUGUUUCUCUCUCUCUCCCUCUCACGCACGCCUCUCUGCAACUCUCUUUCUGGCCGGGCCAUGGGUGCUCCGUUGUCUUCCUGGCCAUGGGCAGGCCUUGGUUCAUACAAGUACCUGUUGUACGGUCCUCUGGUGGCGAAGGUGGCGCACGCGUGGAGAGAGACAGGGAGCUUGCCGCUGGAGUCGUGGUGCCUCCACCUCCUCGUCCUCCUCGCGCUCCGGUCGCUGACGUUCCAGCUCUGGUUCUCCUACGGCAACAUGCUCUUCUUCACCCGCCGCCGCCGCGUCGUCGAGGACGGCGUCGACUUCCGCCAGAUCGACGCCGAGUGGGACUGGGAUAACAUGAUGAUCAUGCAAACCCUAAUCGCGGCCAUGGCGACCAACAGCCCGCUCUUCCCGGCCGUGACGGAGCUCCGGGCGUGGGACCCGCGGGGGUGGGCCGUGGCCUUGCUCCUCCACGUGAGCAUCUCGGAGCCGGUCUUCUACUGGGCCCACAGGGCGCUGCACUGGGGCCCGCUCUUCAGCCAGUACCACGCCGUGCACCACUCGUCCCGCGUCACCCAGCCGCUCACAGCGGCGUUCGGCACGCCAUUGGAGGGCCUGAUCCUGACGCUGGCGAUGGGGGCCCCUCUCGCCGGAGCCUUCCUGGCCGGCGCCGGCUCCGUGAGCCUGCUCUACGGGCACGUCCUCCUCUUCGACUACCUCCGGUGCAUGGGGUACAGCAACGUGGAGGUCAUCUCCCACAAGGCCUUCGCCGCCUUCCCGCCGCUCAGAUACCUCAUCUACACCCCAACGUAUUUAAGCCUGCACCACAGGGAGAAGGAAAGCAAUUUCUGCUUGUUUAUGCCUCUGUACGACGCUCUGGGAGGGACCAUCCACUCCAAAUCUUGGGAGCUUCAGAAGGAGGUCGACCAAGGCAAGAACGACCGGGUGCCGGACUUCGUGUUCCUAGCGCACGUGGUGGACGUGACGUCGUCGAUGCACGCCCCGUUCGGGUUCCGAUCGUGCAGCUCGCUGCCGUUCUCGACCCACCUGGUGCUCCUGCCGGUCUGGCCACUCGCCUUCGCCUUCAUGGUCCUCCAGUGGUUCUUCUCCAAGACCUUCACCGUCAGCUUUUACUACCUCCGCGGCCGACUCCACCAGACAUGGAGCGUCCCCAGAUACGGAUUCCAGUAUUUCAUUCCAUCGGCGAAGACGGGCAUCAACCGUCAGAUCGAGCUCGCCAUCCUUAGGGCCGACAAGAUGGGCGUCAAAGUGCUAAGCCUUGCUGCGCUGAACAAGAAUGAGGCGCUCAACGGCGGCGGUACACUAUUCGUCAGCAAGCACCCCAACCUGAGGGUUAGAGUGGUGCACGGCAAUACCCUCACCGCGGCCGUGAUCCUCAACGAGAUCCCGAGCAACGUGAAGGAGGUGUUCCUCACCGGCGCGACGUCCAAGCUCGGCAGAGCCAUCGCUCUCUACCUCUGCAGGAAGAAGAUCAGAGUCUUGAUGUUAACGCUGUCGACAGAGAGGUUUCUGAAGAUCCAGAGGGAGGCGCCGGCAGAGUUCCAGCAGUACCUCGUGCAGGUCACCAAGUAUCAGGCGGCAAAGAGCUGCAAGACAUGGAUCGUGGGCAAGUGGCUGUCGCCAAGGGAGCAGCGGUGGGCGCCGCCGGGCACGCACUUCCACCAGUUCGUCGUACCGCCGAUCAUCGGGUUCCGGCGGGACUGCACCUACGGCAAGCUCGCCGCCAUGAGGCUCCCCAAGGACGUCGAGGGCCUCGGCUCCUGCGAGUACACGAUGGGGAGGGGGGUGGUGCACGCGUGCCACGCCGGCGGCGUGGUGCACUGCCUGGAAGGGUGGGAGCACCACGAGGUGGGCGCCAUCGACGUGGACCGGAUCGACGUCGUGUGGAAGGCGGCGCUCAAGAACGGCCUCACGCCGGUGUGAGCGGCCGGCCGGCGAUAAGGCGACACGGCUACGGCACGGCCGGAAUAACACGUCGUCUGUUUGUUCUCGCUCGAGCUUUGGACGGGAGGGUGUGUUACGUGUACCACAGAGUUGAUACCCUGGUUCGCAUAUACUACUAUAUAUUGUACGUACGGAUACCGCAAUAUGGCACGAGGCAUGGGUUUCUCUACGGCCCAAGCUUGCGACUAAGUCAUUGUUGAUCUGUACUGACCAUUGGGCUCAGAAGUGACUGCUUGCCCCACUACUUAAAAAACUAUUUAAA